AUGCCCAGGCGGAGCAUCGCCGAGGUGAAGGUGCUGGACGUGCAGAAGCGGCGCAUCCCCAACAAGCACUAUGUGUACAUCAUCAAGGUCACCUGGUCCAAUGGAGCCACCGAGGUCAUUUACAGACGGUACAGCAAGUUCUUCGACCUGCAGAUGCAGAUGCUGGACAAGUUCCCCAUGGAAGGAGGCCAGAAGGACCCCAAGCAGAGGAUCAUCCCCUUUCUGCCAGGGAAGAUUCUGUUCCGCCGGAGCCACAUCCGCGACGUGGCGGUGAAACGGCUGAUCCCCAUCGAUGAGUACUGCAAGGCUCUGAUCCAGCUGCCCCCCUACAUCUCCCAGUGUGAGGAGGUGCUGCAGUUCUUCGAGACACGGCCCGACGACCUGAGCCCCCCCAAAGAGGAGCCCAUUGGGAAGAAGAGGUCUGGAGCUGACUGUGCCUCGGCCGAGCCCCUGGUGCUGGAGCAGUAUGUCGUGGUGGCCGACUACCAGAAGCAGGAGAGCUCGGAGAUCAGCCUGUGCGUGGGCCAGGUGGUGGAUAUCAUUGAGAAGAAUGAAUCAGGCUGGUGGUUUGUGAGCACGCUGGAGGAGCAAGGCUGGGUGCCAGCCACCUGCCUGGAGGCCCAGGAUGGAGUCCAGGAUGAGUUCUCAAUGCAGCCUGAUGAAGAGGAGAAGUACACAGUGAUUUACCCCUACACUGCAAGAGACCAGGAUGAGAUGAACCUGGACAAAGGGGCCGUGGUGGUGGUGACCCAGAAGAACCUGGAGGGCUGGUGGAAAAUCAGGUACCAGGGCCAGGAGGGCUGGGCCCCUGCCUCCUACCUCAGGAAGGGCAAUGGAGAUGGGUUCCCACCCAAGCUGGGCUCGGGCUCCCCGGCUCACUCCGGUGCCCUGGAUCUGGAUGGCAUCUCCAGGCAGCAGCUGCUGGCCAGCAGGGACAAGGACGGGCUGGGGGGCCAGAGGGACAGCAGGCUGGAGAGCCGGGCCCUGCCCAGCGCCGACAUCCGCCGCAAGUCACCAAAGAUGAGGCAGAGGCCACCUCCUCGCCGAGACCUCACCAUACCCCGUGGUCUGAACCUGCCUAAGCCUCCUGUCCCCCCUCAAGUGGAAGAGGAAUAUUACACCAUUGCUGACUUCCAGACCACCAUCCCUGAUGGCAUCAGCUUCCAGGCAGGGAUGAAAGUAGAGGUUAUUGAGAAGAACCUGAGUGGCUGGUGGUACAUCCAGAUCGAGGAGAAGGAGGGCUGGGCCCCUGCCACCUUCAUUGACAAGUACAAGAAAACCAGCAACGCCUCCAGGCCCAAUUUCCUGGCUCCCCUCCCCAACGAGAUGGCGCAGCUGCGGCUCGGUGACACCGAUGGCGGCAGCGCCAGCGAGGAGGUGACAGGGCCCUGCCGACCCCUGCCAGAGGCUCCUCCCAACGGCAUGGACUGCACUGGGAGGUGGGGCAAGGACUGGAAGGGGAAGGAGGCUCCUGACAGCGGGGACUUGUCCUUCGCCGGGGGCUACGAGGAGAUCUCAGACCGUGACACAGAGGAGAAGCCCAGCCUCCCACCCAGGAAGGAGUCCAUCAUCAAAUCAGAAGGAGAGUUACUAGAGAGGCAGAGGCCUCCCCCCAAGCCCCCAGGCAUGAUUUUGCCCAUGAUCCCACCCAAGCAGUCGGCAGCCCCGAAGGACAGCAAGAAGCCGGAGCUCAAAGCGGAGAAGGGCAAACUCUUCCAGCUGAAGAACGAAAUGGGGCUGGAGUGUGGACACAAGGUGUCGGCCAAGGAGGUGAAGAAGCCAAACCUCCGGCCCAUUGUCAAGCCAACCAAGCCAAAAGCUGAGCCCAUGGAAGACAAACCUGAGCCCAUCACCCAGAACCCCUUCUUGAAGUCAAGACCUCAGAUCAGGCCGAAACCCGCCGCGUCCCCCCGGCCUGAGGCACCCCCAGCCGAUGACAGACUGGACAUUUGCAGCCUGCGGAGCAAGCUGAGACCUGCCAAGUGCCCAGAGAAGCCCUCAGAGCAGGACCCCAUGGCUGGGGAAAGCUCCUUCAGCAACGCCGCGCUCUCCUCAGAGCCUUGCGGGCGCUUUCCAGAGCGGCCAGGCACGGAGAGCAAAGCCCUUCCCAAGCUGGACAUUGCCCCCAAAGAGGCACUGCCCAAAUCUCCCCUGGGCCCAGUGAGCCCCCCCUGUGUCCGGGACGCCCCUCAGCGCCCCGUGGUGCCCCCUCGCAGGCCACCCCCUCCCAAGAAGAUGGGGGCUCCUGCUGCCAUGGCCGCCGAGCCCAGGGCCCCGGCGCGGGAAGCCCCCGAGGCCAGGCCCUCAGCAGUGCCAGGCAGGCCCAUGCUGGUCCCUCCCAAAGCCAAGCCCUUCCUCGCUGCCUGCAUGCCGGACGAAGCCAAAGCCAGAAUCAACCCAAAGGUCAUCUCCAAGCCCGUGGAAAGAGGGGAGGCCAAGGAGAGGCCCUCAGCUGCCAUGUCUGGGCCCGACGUCUCCAGGGAAGCUCUGUACGUGGCAGUGGCAGAUUUUGAAGGUGACGAGGAGACCAACAGCUUCAGAGAAGGGACUUUGUUUGAAGUUCGUGAGAAGAACAGCAGUGGCUGGUGGUUCUGCAGGGUCCUGGCUGGGGGGCCCUGCUGGGAGGGCUGGAUCCCUUCCAAUUACCUGCGGAAGAAGCCGUAG